UUUUACAAUGACAAAGGGAACAACUUCCUUCGGUAAGCGUCACAACAAGACGCACACACAGUGCCGGAGGUGUGGUAGAAAAUCUUUCCACAAUCAGAAGAAAGUGUGUGCCGCAUGCGGUUACCCUGCUGCUCGCCUGAGGAAGUAUAACUGGUCUGAGAAGGCCCGCAGAAGGAAGACUACCGGUACCGGCCGCGCUUUGCAUAUUAAGCAGCUAACCUAUACUGUCGCUUAUGCGCUUAAUUCCUAUGCCCAGGGCAAGGCGUUUGGAUUAGCUAUUGUAAACCAUGUAUGUGCAUAUCGUUACACAUUGGCCAGAAGUUUAUCCGCCGUUUUUAGUGCGAUGGCUUCCUUUGUCCAUUACUCUUUAAGGUUUUAUGUGAAAUGCAAAAUUUAUUGA